AUGGCCAAAAAUUUAACUUUACCUGCGCCAUUAGACCACCACUACUGUCGAAGCCCGGGACCGUCAUCAGUAUUGGUAGACAAACACAUUACCUCAUCUGAAAUGGAAGAACAAAAUGAGACCGAAGGAUGUCAAUCACCAUUGCGAUCGCUUUCAUCGAUCGGUGACAGAAUUACCACGCUAGACGAUGUUGAGGCCAACCUCUAUGCUUUAACUAAAUUAGUUACCAACGUAGCAGCAGAAGUUCGUCUCAUAUUUAAUGUAGUUUGUGGUGGAUCGGACACUGUGCAAAGAAGUUUAGAGUUUUCGAGAAUAGAGAAUGAAGAAGCUUUUAAAGAGUUCGACGAUAAGUUAAGAAACAAUAGCAUAUACAUGGCGGAAAUUGUAACCAAAUUUCUACACUUGCUUAAGCUGGUAAAUGAUAUUGAUCGUAGACUAUGUAUUAUGUUGGAUUUGGUUUUCGACAGGGCUUUUCUUACCUUGUGCAGCUGGACAGGGGCAGGAAUUGGAAGAUCUAAGAUAUGUUUCAAAGAAUUUGAACAUGUGAUAUGUUUGUUCAAAAUCGUAGGCGGAAAUAGCUUUAUUCGGGUAACUGAUGAAUUGAUUAAAAGCUUUUUUCAGAAAAAGUUAAAUAACGGCAAAUCCCGACUUAUUCAAAUGGAAACAUCAGAGGCAUCAAGAAAGCGUAAAAUAUUGGAAUAG